AUGCCACCAAAACCGAGCGAAAAACGAACGCGUGUAUCAAGUUCCGAGGAAGAAAUUUCAGCUCACGUGCUCGUUGACGACGCCAUUUUGAAAGAUAUACAGAAGAAGUUAGAAAAGCUGGAUAUGCUGGACAAAAUUAACAAUCAGUUAUCCACAAUUAAGCACGAUAUUACCAAUAUAAAGAGCAAUGUAACUGAAUUUGAAAAAGGCUUAAACGCAGUCAACGACGACGUUGCUGAAAUGAAAGAAAGUAUGAAGCGGAAGGCAGAAUUAAAGCAGCUAGAAGACCUAGAAAGAGAAGUAGAAGAUCUUCGCAACAGGUCCCGAAGAAACAACUUGGUGUUUUAUAACUUAACAUUCCGGAAAAGUACGUCGAAAGUACGUCGAAAUUGAGCGUGCUCAUCGUACUCCGACGCAAUUAAACAAAAACAGAAAGAGUCCAAGACCGAUUCACGACUAG